UUUUCUUAAAAAGCCAAAACAUAUUUUUGGCUCUAUGUAAUGUUAAUGUGAUUUAUUAACAUUAAGUUGUUAGUGUUAUUGUUAUGAUUAUUUUAAGUCUAGUCUUUCGCAUCGAGACGAAAGCAACACGCUGCGAGACAGCGCGAGCGUAAACAGUCCUCAGCUUUCUCACAUCCAGCUGCACCAGCGGGACAACAGCCGCCCCUCCUCAGAGCCAGAGCGCUGACGCUUUUCUUCUUUUUUUAUUUUACGCACAGCCAUGAUUCUGACGCACAGGUGAACUUCUCUUCCCUCAACCGCGCAGCAGCAACAACUUAACGUGGAGUAAAGUGUUUUCCUCUCUAACCAACCCGAAACUUCACGCGCUCCUCACUUGAAAAGCUUAAAAGUUGAACUCAGAGCCAUGUCCAGGAAGAAGGCAGCGAAGGGCAAAGGGACCUCCAAGAGCCCAAAGGCGUCUCCGAGCAGCGGGCGGACGGCGAAGGGUCUGGCCGCAGCCGGCGCUCCGUCCUCGGCUCUGGUCUACCCGAGCAGACCGUCCAUCAGCAACAGCGGCGAGUUUUACGACAUCGCUUUCAAGGUGAUGCUGGUGGGGGAUUCAGGCGUGGGAAAGACCUGUCUGCUGGUCCGCUUUAAAGACGGAGCCUUUUUAGCCGGCAGCUUCAUCUCCACCGUCGGCAUCGAUUUCAGGAAUAAAGUCAUGACCAUCGACAGUGUGAAGGUCAAACUGCAGGUGAGAGAAGAGAAUGUCUCUUUCCUCCCAGCUCUGCUGCUUCUGUAUGACGUCACCAACAGAGCCUCCUUUGACAACAUCAGGGCGUGGCUGACGGAAAUUCACGAGUACGCCCAGCAGGACGUGGUGGUCAUGCUGCUGGGCAACAAGGCCGACUCCACACAUGACAGAAUGGUGAAGCGAGAGGAAGGAGAGAAACUGGCCAAGGAGUUUGGAGUGCCCUUCAUGGAGACGAGCGCUAAAUCAGGAAUGAAUGUGGAGUUGGCCUUCACCGCUGCGGCCAAAGAGCUGAAGCACCGGACCAUGAAGGAACCAGACGAGCCAAAGUUCCAGCUGCAGGAAUAUGUGGACAAAGAAAUGAGGGUCGCUGGCUGCUGCCGGACCUAGACUGCACCCGGUGUGUUGAUCAUGUCGGUACUGAACGCAGCGAAAGAAAGCAGGGAUCUUAUCAUUAUUAUUAUUAUUAUUAUUAUUGAUACUAUUAUUAUCAUUACACUACACAAUAAGCUAGAGUAUGCGUGUGCCUGGGAAUGUCCCUCUUACUUUCUCAGUGACUAUAAGGCCAACUCCCAUAACUCAUCCAUCUGCUGCAACUGUGAAUGUAAAAUAACUUGUGCAUGUCCACACACACACACGUGCACACACACACACACACACACACACACACACAGGCGUUUCAGCUCAGUUCACUGCCUGCAGAAUCUAUGUUGCCCAGAUUUUCAUAUGUGAUGUACAUAUUUUAAAAAUUACAACUCAUUUUGUCUUUUGGGAGCUCAGUGGCAGAAUUCGGUGGUCAUGAUGUUGUAGUUUAUCAAAUCAACAGAAUCGGAUCAAACUCACUGAUGCAGCUAAUCAGCCGUUUCUAAAGUCACUGUGUCCUCUUCUUGUACAGUAUCUAACCUGUUUUAUUGAUAUAUGUGAAACUUGAUCUGAGCCUUUGUCCGUAUUUAUGUGCUCUACAUUUCAUAUUUGAAGACGUGUGAUGAGAUUCGACACUAAACGGCAUUCAGUUUCUCUGUAAUUUUGACCCCAUAUGAAAUGUAAAGAAGCGCAUCAUCAGCAAAAGACUGUACUCUGCACUUUAUCACAACAACACAGAGGAGAGAGGGGGAUUUCAUGAGAUGUCCAACUUAUUUCUGAUGGCUUCAAAUGCUAUGAGUGUAUUUUUAUGGGCAUAAAGUAAAUAACUGGGUAUUCUGUGUAAAGGUUGACUGUAAUAAAAAACGUCUGAUUUCAAACCUCUU